UGAUAAUUAUUCGAUAUUUCAAGGAUUUAAAAUGAUUGCAAAAAUCCAAACCUUCGUCAUUGAUAUUUCGCAGUUGCAAGGUCGCGGAAGCACUUACUAUUGCGUUACAAAAUCGCCUCGUUUUUUUAAACCGAAAGCUCAAAACACUGAAGACGACGAAGCUAUAAAUCAGGAUACGCUAGAUAUGGAAAAAGUAAUAUAA